GUGGAUAUUGUCCGAGGCUCCCACACGAAUGGGAGUGAUUGGAUAAGGCGUUACAGCUGCCAAGACAAGCCUCGCGUGGCAAUGGUUGAGCUUGCAUAUGCUUGGCGUUGGAUAACAGAAUCUGCGAUAUGGAGAAUCUACCUUGGGGUUUGUGGGGAGUUCCAGAUAUUUUGAGUCUUUUUGCCCACGGGGUAAGAAAUAUCUUGGCUUUGGUAUAAAACUGGUCCCUCGUCCACCUUUGUUUCUCUUCCGUCGAUCAUCCAGCAUCGUCUUCUCAGGGUUGAAACUACUCCCCUUUCUUCUUUGGCAUUCUCUUCAAACAUCAACUUGGCAGCCAAGAUGACAGCCCAUGACAAUGUCUCCGCUCAUCAAGAGCCUACGCGUCCCAACUCGUCUUCUGGCUCUGACAUGAAGGCUGAGGCGAGAGGCAUUGAGGAGGCGCGUGGUGAGAACUAUGAGUAUGUUGAUAAGCAGACUGAGAGGGCUAUCCUCAGAAAGCUUGACUAUCGCAUCAUUCCUAUGGUUAUGUGGGUUUAUCUGAUGAACAUGAUGGAUCGAGUCAACAUUGGCAAUGCUCGUCUGUUUCGCAUGGAAGAAGAUUUGCGCCUGACAGGCAAUGAGUUCCAACUCUCUGUCUCCGUACUCUUUGUCACCUACUGUCUCUUCGAGUCCCCCUCCAACCUCAUCAUCAAGAAGCUCAAGCCCGCCUACUAUCUCGCCGGCCUCACCAUCGCAUGGGGUAUCGUCGCCACCUGCAGUGCCUGGGUUAACAACCUAGGAGCCCUCAUCGCAUGCCGCCUCCUCCUUGGUCUCUGCGAGGCCGGUUUCUUCCCCGGUGUCGUACUCUACCUCUCCAUGUACUACGGCCGCAAGAGUCUCGCUCUUCGUAUCGCAUACUUCUUCUCCACAGCUGCCAUCUCUGGUGUCGCCGGUGGUCUUGUCGCCUAUGGCAUCAGCUUUAUGGAUGGUGCCAUGGGCUGGAGUGCUUGGCGAUGGAUCAUCCUUAUCAAUGGUGCACCUACUAUCGCUACCGGCGUUGUUAUUCCCUUCGUUCUGCCUAACAGCCCUGAAACUGCCAAGUUUCUUACUGAAGAGGAUAAGAUCAAUCUGCAGAAGAUUCAUGAUGAGCAAGUCGGCCGAGCGAAAAACAACCGGGAGCUUCUCAAGGAAGAUGUUCUUGACGGCGUCAAGGACUGGACCACUUGGGCCUACUGCUUCGCUCUCUUCCCUACCCUGGCUAUGCUUUACUCUUUUGUCGUCUUCCUGCCUACCAUUGUCAAGGCUAUGGGUACCUGGUCCUCCGCCGAGGUCCAAGCCAUGACUGUUCCUGUCUACGCCAUUGGAGCCAUCACCUAUCUCAUCGGCGCCCGUCUCAGUGAUAUCACCCAAAAGCGAGGCUUCUUUGUCAUGGGAGGCAUCGGAUCCGCUAUCAUCGGCUAUGGUAUGCUCAUCGCUGGCAAGGGCGCCGCUGUCUCAUAUGCAGGCUGCUGCUUCGUCUCCAUCGGCAUCUUCCUCUCAUCCGGUAUCUCCUUCGCCUGGGUACCCGCCAACAACCCCCGCUACGGAAAGCGAGCUUUCUCAACGGGUAUGCAUCUGACCAUCGGUAACGCUUCUGGUGUCGCAUCUCCCUUCCUCUUCUCCAGCCAGUAUGCUCCUCACUACCGCCCUGGCUACGGUGCCAGCAUGGGAAUGCUUGUUGUGUCGUUGAUCCUCAACAUCAUCCUCCAUCUGCACUUUAAGCGACAGAACAAGCUCCGUGAUGAGGGUAAGCAGGAUUACUUGCUUGAGGGUAAGACUGAGGAGGAGAUUGAGUCUAUGGGUGAGAGAAGCCCGAGGUUCCGCUUUACUGUUUGAGUUUUGCAGCUGUGGUUGAGUUUAUUGCAAUUUAUGAUGGGCAUUGAUGAAUUUAGAAGCGAGUUGGAGUAUUUUACCAUGAAUAUUAGGAUGCUGAUUUACCUUG